AUGCGUCUCGAGAAACUUUUUGAAACGCCUCUCUUCGAGCGUGCGGGCAUUGGCGACGACUUUUACCACAGAUACAAGGAAAGGCUGCUGGACAAGGGCGUGGGCAAUGCUGGCGACCUCCUCGAGGAGGUCGCUUUGAAGGGCAUUGCCUCGCUCGGAAUCCACGAGCGCCAGGCGGAGAAGCUCCGCCGAGCUCUUCUCGGCCGACGGGGCUGGGAGGACGCAGCUGCUGUUCUUGCGGCAUCCUUUGGCGGCCUGUCGCUGGACGACACCCCUGCUGGGGUGGCGGCUGGCGACCAGGCGGCUAGUGGCGCGGCUAGCGCGCCCGCUCUCGACGGCAUGGCCGUCGAUGGCGGCUACGCGAGCGCCGACGAGGAUGCCAGGCCUGCCGCAGGUUGGCCCGCAGCAGCUUCAGGCUCCAAAAUGGAGCCGGGCUGCUCUCACAGCGGCGCUGGUACGAGCGCUGCUGCUGAGGGCGGCGAGGGGGCGGUGACUGGCGGCGAGGGCUGCAGUGGCACGCGCACCCCAGAGGCGGAGAGCGGCGCCCGCGAGGCGCGGGCCGCAGUUGUUCCUGGCGGAGGUGGACCCGCUGUGUCAAUUGACACAUCGGAUUCCACGCCGCCGGCGGAGGAGGGACUUGGGCGCACGAGCCAGCCAAUAAUGCAGCACGCUACUGCCUUGCUCCUGCUCCUGCUCCACUCCGCCGCCGGCAGCCUCACCACGCUCAAGGACGACGCUCAGUUCGAGGCCGAGGUCGUCCAAGACCCUGUCGUGUGGGGCGUCCUCUUCACCUCUAAAACACGAGACGACGACGCAAAGUCAAAGGCGAUGCUGCAGGCGGCGCACGGCCUCGCCGCUGGGCUCGGCCACCUCAUGCGGUGGGGCCGUGCCGACAUCCAGGACUGCAAGGCCUUCGCGAGCGAGUUCAACGUGCGGACGCGGAUGGUGCCGCGCGUCUUGCUCUUCUCUUCUCGCGCGAGGAUGGCCGACGUGAUCCGGCUGGAGGGCGAGCCGACGGAGGAGGCUCUCGAGGCGGCGGUGCGGGCGGCCCUGGGCGAUCAGGUGUCGGACGAGGCCAAGUGGAUGAAGACCACGCUUGCGAUUGGUGGGAAGGAGGACCUAUGA